AAGAGGGGGCCGCACGCAGCCCAGCCAUGGGGGACCCCUUCAUUCGCCACAUCGCCCUCCUGGGCUUCGAGAAGCGCUACGUCCCCAGCCAGCACUACGUCUACAUGUUCCUGGUGAAAUGGCAGGACCUGUCUGAGAAGAUGGUCUACCGGCGUUUCACUGAGAUCUACGAAUUCCAUAAAAUCUUAAAGGAGAUGUUUCCUAUCGAGGCAGGGGACAUCAACUCAGAGAACAGGAUCAUCCCCCACCUGCCAGCCCCGCGGUGGUUUGAUGGGCAGCGGGUGGCCGAGAGCCGCCAGGGCACCCUCACCGAGUACUGCAACUCACUCAUGAACCUGCCUGUCAAGAUCUCCCGCUGCCCCCACCUCCUCAACUUCUUCAAGGUGCGCCCUGACGACCUCAAGCUCCCCACGGACAGCCAGGUGAAAAAGCCAGAGACAUACCUGAUGGCCAGAGAUGGCAAGAGUAAUGCUGCAGACAUCACGGGCCCCAUCAUCCUGCAGACGUACCGCGCUAUCGCUGACUAUGAGAAGAGCUCAGGCUCCGAGAUGGCUCUGGCCACAGGCGACGUGGUGGAUGUCGUGGAGAAGAGCCAGAGUGGCUGGUGGUUCUGCCAAAUGAAGACAAAGCGCGGCUGGGUCCCGGCGUCCUACUUGGAGCCCCUGGACAGUCCCGAUGAGGCAGAAGACCCAGAACCCAACUAUGAAGGUGAGCCCUACAUCACCAUCGAAGCCUACACUGCCCUAUUGGAGGAUGAGAUAUCUUUGGAGCAGGGCGAAACCAUCGAGGUCAUUCAUAAGCUCCUGGAUGGCUGGUGGGUCAUCAGGAAAGAAGAUGUCACAGGUUACUUCCCAUCCAUGUACCUGCAACAGGCAGGGCAGGACACAGACCAGGCCCAAAGCCGGAUCAAGAGGGGAGCGCCGCCCCGCAGGUCGUCCAUCCGCAACGCGCACAGCAUCCACCAGCAGUCACGGAAGCGCCUCAGCCAGGACACCUAUCGGCGCAACAGUGUCCGUUUUUUGCAGCAGCGCCCCCGCGGGGCGCGGCCGGGGCCCCGGAGCCCAGGGAGCGUGCUGAAGGAGGAGGAAUCGCUCAAGACUGAGCGCCCCAAGCCGCAGCCGGCCGUGCCCCCGAGGCCCAGCGCAGACCUCAUCCUGCACCGCUGCAGCGAGAGCACCAAGCGGAAGCUGGCCUCCGCCGUCUGAGGCCGCCCCCACAUGACGCUCUUCCCACCUCCAGCCCCUAUCCCUGUAUAUACAUGUAUAGAGCCUGAGGUUUGGCGGCAGAAGGCAGCCCUUGGC